CCGGAGCGGCCCGAGCGCGACCCCCCCCCCAACAUGGAGGGCUGGCGAGGAGCCUGGUAUGUGCCAUGUCUAGCUUCACUUGAGACCCUCCAAGAAUUAUGUAGGAAGGAAAAUCUCAGAUGUAAAGCCAUUGGAAUCACCGACAGGAAUCUAAAGAGUUAUGAGGUGGAAUAUUUGUGUGACUACAAGGUAGCAGAGGGUAAAGCAUACUAUCUUGUGAAAUGGAAAGGAUGGCCUGAAUCUUCAAAUACUUGGGAACCUCGGAAACAUCUGAACUGUCCUUUGCUUGUUAAGAACUUCCGUAGAGACAAGAAUGAAUACUUGUCUCGGGUGAGAGAUGGCAAAGCACUGAAAGUGAGAAACCGUAUUAAAGCUUUGAAACCUGCAAUUGCMGAUUACAUUGUAAAGAAGGCUAAACAAAGAAUAGCUCUGCAGAGAUGGAAAGAAGAACUCAACAGGAAAAAGAAUCAUAAAGCAAUGAUUCUGGUAGAAAACACGGUGGAUCUUGAAGGCCCUCCUUUAGACUUCUACUACAUUAAUGAGUACAAACCUGCUCCAGGAAUAAAUGUGCUCAAUGGAAUAACGACUGGCUGUGAAUGUGCUGACUGCCCUGCUGAGAAGUGCUGUCCAAAGGAGGCUGGGUUUAUUUUGGCUUACAAUAAACGWAAGAAAUUGAAAAUCCAGCCUGGCUUGCCCAUCUAUGAGUGCAAUUCGUAUUGUAGAUGUGGGCCUGACUGCCUAAAUAGGAUCGUACAGAAAGGGACCCCAUAUUCCCUCUGCAUCUUCAGAACCAACAAUGGCCGUGGCUGGGGAGUAAAAACCCUCCAGAAAAUUAAAACCAACAGUUUUGUGAUGGAGUAUGUUGGAGAGGUGAUUACAAGUGAGGAAGCAGAGAGGCGAGGCCAGCUCUAUGACAACCAGGGAAAUACAUACUUGUUUGAUUUGGACUAUGACUCAGAUGAAUUUACAGUAGAUGCAGCUCGAUAUGGAAAUGUGUCCCACUUUGUGAACCACAGUUGUGAUCCAAAUCUUCAAGUCUUCAACGUGUUUAUUGAUAACCUCGACUUGCGUCUUCCUCGAAUAGCGCUGUUCUCUACCCGAACCAUCAAGGCUGGAGAAGAGCUAACCUUUGACUAUCAGAUGAAAGGUUCAAUAGAUCUGACUUCAGACUCUGCUGAAGGUCUUAGCCCAUCCAAAAAGAGGAUCAGAACUGUCUGUAAAUGUGGAGCUGUGUGUUGCAGAGGUUAUCUCAACUGAGUUCGGGUAUCCAAAGUCACAAUUUUUUUUUCUUUUUUUAAUGUGUUUUAAGAAGACUCUUCUUUCACACAUAUUUUCAAGUAUUCUCACAUCUAAUGUCAAUAAGGAUGGUGAAAAUAAGGCAUUGUGUUUGUAAUUGAAAUGGGAUUGGCCAAAGAAAGAGAUUGUAGUGUUUCUAUUCAAUACAGAACUGAUAAUGGSGAUUAAAAAUUAAUUUUUCUAGAACUGUUGUUUAGGAAGAAGUAAUAUGUAUGCAAAGAAGACUCUAAAAUAUACCUUGAUUUGAAUAUUCAUAUAAUAAGCUGGAUUGGAAGGGACCCACAAGGGUCAUUGAGUCCAACUCUUAGUCCUGCACAGCACCAUCCCUKAGAGUCCCACCAUGUGUCUGAAAGCAUUGUCUGAACACUUCUCGAACCCUGUCAGGCUUGUGACCCCUUCCCUGAGKAGCCUGUUCCAGUGUCCAGCCACCCUCUGGRUGAAGAGCCUUUUCCUUAUACCCAGUCUAAACUUCCUCUGACUCAGYUUCAGGCCAUUSCCUCAGGUCCUGUCACUGGUGACCAGAGGAGAUUGGUACCUGCCCCUCUGCUUCCCCCUGYGAGGAUGYUGAAGAGCACAAUGAGGUGSCCCCUCAGUCUCCUCUUCUCCAGGCUAACAGACCAGGUGGCCUCAGCUGCUCCUCAUAAGUUUCCCCUCAGACCCUUCACCAUCCUCUCCUCUUCUGGAUGCUCUCUAAUGGUCCAAUGUCUUUUUUUACAUUAUGGCACCCAAAAGUGCCAUCAGGACUUGAGGUGAGGACUAGUCUGCAGAGCAGAAUGGAACAACCCUCUCCCUUGCCUGGCUGGUGGUGCUGUGCCAGGACAGGGUUGGCCCUCCUGGCUGCCAGGGCACUGCUGACUCAUGUUCAACUUGUCACAGACAUUCGAGUGUGAGAUMUCAGCCUUAGGGCUUCAGGAGCUGAUUCCAUUGGGAUGAAGUGAUGUUACAUAUUUUCCGUACCUUGAGAACUCAGGAGACAUUUGAUUUUAAUUAUAAAUCUUAGAUCUGACAGUUCUUUUUGGUCAUAUAAAGAAAAGCUUGAAGAGCUUAGCAAUAACAUUUAUGGCAACAGGAUGAGGGAUUAAGAARAGCCAGUGUGUAAAGGUUCACAGGAAUGCAAAUUUUAAAAUGUUCAUGGUACUCCAUACAAGGGAAGUAAUUGCAGAAAGAAAACUAGAGAGGCAAAAGCUCAACCAAAACUUACCCUGGCCACUUCUUUAAAGGAUAAUAAAAAAAGUUUUUAUAAAUACAUUAAUAGCAAGAGGAGGGGCAAGAAAACCUCCAUUAUUUAUUGGACAYGGUGGGGGAAUAUAGUUACCAAAGAUGAGGAAACGUUUGAGGCACUUAAAACCCUCUUUGCCUCAGUUUUCAACAGUAAGACAGCUAUCCUGAGGACAGCUGGCCUUCUGAGGUGAUAGAUGGGGUUGGGGAGCAGAACAACUCUCCUGUAAUCCAGGAGGGAGCAGUUAGAGACCUGCUGAGUCACUUAGACACAUACAGGUCUAUGGAACCAGAUGGGAUCCAUCCUAGGUUGAUGGAGCUGGCAGAAGAGCUGGCCAAGCCACACUCCAUCCUUUACCUGGAGAAAAGGAGGCUCAGGGGUGACCUUAYCACUCYCUACAACUGCUUGACAGGAGGUUGCAGCCAGAUGAGGGUUAGUCUCUUCUCCCAGGGAACCAGCAAUAGGACUAGGAGACAGUCUCGAGCUGUGCCAGGGAGGGUUUAGGUUGGUGUCRUGGUUUGAACUUGGCCGAAAGCCAAAGCACCCAUGACAUUCUCUCCCCCCCCACCCCAAAAAGGCAGAGGGGUGAGCAAAAGCCCAAUUAACAAUAAAAUUUAUGGCUUUUAGAUAAGAUAACAUAAUUGAGAGAAAGAUAUAUAUAUAUAUAUAUAUAUAUGCUCCAGAAAUGGCCAGACAGACUGAAUAACUUCAGUUGCAAAAUAGAUUUAUUACUAAGGACUACUAAAAAACUACCGCACUGGGGAGGGGAACAGAGAUAGGGAAAAAUUUAUAAGGAGAAGAAAAAAAUAACAGUUAUUUUAAGACCCCUGUUAUUCUCUCUGCAAACCUGUCUCUCUCUCAGGUCGUCCCUCCCCACCCCUCCAUGCCUUCCYAUGCACAAGGUGAGUAGGGAUGAAAGUUUUAACAUAGAUCAGUCUACUCAUUAUGGUUAUCGUCCAGCACCAUAGGAGAAGAGUCCUUACAGCUCCAAGCUGUGAAAGUUCUUUUCCCAAGAAACAGUCAGUGUAUAACUGCUAAUGGCAUGGGAUUCUUUUUUUUUACCUUGUGGGAGAAAGGGAAACAGUCCUCCAAGGCUGGCAUGCUUCAUUCUGAGGGUAAGGCCACUCUCUCAAAUCUCCUGGCAGAACACAGUUUCYUCUAAGCAUCAASUCACUUCAGACRUGGCGGGGGCGGGCACCUCUUCCCCCUUUUUGGCUUAUGAUCAGUCCAGUCCUGCAAGGCCAGGUUUUUUAUCUCGGGUGCAGGGCCUUUCUUUUCUAUACAGGUCUCCCAUUGAAGAAAUAGUCAUUUCGAGAACAGCUUGUUUUCUCCAUGUUCGAGCACCACAGCAACAGCACCUGUAUUCUUCUUACAUCUUUGGGCUUGUGAUCUUUGGGCUUCCAUUUUUUUUCGUACAUCUCCUCACCCUCCUCCUCUGUCCUCCCCAGGUGCAGGGGAUGAUACUAACAACCUAAGAACUAAUGGCAGCUGCCCUCUAUCUUGUUUUGAAUUCUUCUUAAAUAGAAGACCAUCUGUCAUCACAGAGGUGUAACUAGCAUGUGCAAUUGGCCCAGGCCUGACCAGCAGCCUGUCCAUUAACCUCAGAGCCACAAUGGAUUGGUUCUAAAACACAGGGGGCAGGGCUCCUUUUGCUGGAGAAGAAGGAGAAAGCUUCUAGRACUUUCUCACAGGAGCCAUCUUUGUGGUUUCUUGGUCCCAUCCUCCCACCACCAAAAAACYGGACCGAGUAAAACCAGGAUAGUUGGACAUUAGGAAAAAUUUCUUCUCAAAAAGGGUGAUUGAGUGGACAUUGGAAUGGGCUACUCAGAGAGGAGUCACCGUCCUGAAAGUGUUUUAAAAAAGCCUGUAUGUGGCACUAAGUGCCAUGGACUGGUUGACAAGGUGGUGUUUGGUCAUAGGUUGGACUCAGUGAUCUCAAAAGUUUCUUCCAGCCUAAUUGAUUCUGUGAUUCUGUACUUGGUAUUAACAGAUCCCAGGUGUAAAACUUGAACUUCUUGGCUGAUAUUARGUAGAUUUUUUUCAGUUGUUAUGCUCUGAUUUUUAGUUAGGAUUCUAUAGGAGGACUGGAGUUCCACAGAGCCUUUGUAAAUACAAGAUUGUCAGAAGCAAUGUUCACUGUUCAUUUUCGUUGCAGAAAUUGGGCUGUCAUGGCUGAAACAAGUUGCUGGCUACGGUUUGGAAAUAGAUAGCAAARGAUUAAGGAGAGCAGCCCAUUGUCKAACAAAGCCAACGCACUGGGGAGAUGUUAACUGCAAAAGUACCCCGGGAUUGAUGUAUAUUCACAAUUGGUUUGGAUUAAGUUUUUAUGUACUGUGGUUUUUUUUAUCUAGUGACAGACUUCUAAGAUACUAGGCCUGUAUUUUCUGGUUGCAAAAAUGUUAACUUCAGUGAAGUUAGACUAGGGGUGAGUAUACCCAUUUGCUGUAGACAUUUGUAAGAUGUUCUUGAAUGUAAWGGCUGAGAAAUGUUCUUCAGCUGCUUGAGUCAUCUUUUUCUUUUCCUGAUCAUCUUAAAGUUGUCUCAAUCCAUUCCUAAUWUAUGCUAAGUUUUGCUUGGCUCCAAAACCACUGAAGAGCAAUUGAGGUGGAUGAUGAAUGGAGUUACAGCCAAGGUCCAUGCUCUAGGGGUGAUCCAAGUGCUUUAUUCUCAUGGAUUCAAAGCUCGUAAAACUUGCAUAUUGCUCACAAGUCACAUAAGUGUUGACAGGGUCAGGCACAAUAAUGUUGCUCCAUAAAUGGAUGCUCUGUAGCUGGAUGCUGGCUACGUGUCAUAGGUCAGCUAGUUACCUUUGUAAGGUGCACAGCUGUUGGCUCAGGUGAAUGAAGUCAAGCACCCAGCAUGUAACUGUUUACUUAAUUUGUUAGAAAAUGCCUUAAAUUCCAUGUUAAUUACUAGCACUUCAGAAAGAAUAUUUCAAGGUUGUUCAUUAAGCACAGUUGCAUUUGUACUGAAGAUAUGACUCUUUGGUAGCAAAUGACAUUUUGUAUGCUACUAGCCAAAAUCAGUUUGACAGUUUUGGUGAAGAGCAUGGGCCCCUGGAAAUGCAGUGUGAAUUUUGUAAUUACAAUACAGAGAUACAAGUUGAAACAGAGACUAUAUAUUGUUUAGUGAAUAGGAAAAAUCUUGCUUAGAUUUAAAAGUAUUUGAUGUGACUAUGCUCACCUGUAUCCACACAGUUGAGAAAUGCUGAAUCUCAUCAGUUUUUUUCAUGUCAUAUCUCUAAUGAUUUUUUUUUUUCAAUUAAAGUUUUAAGUGGAAUGUAGAGCUUUAAUGUCAGCAAACUCUAGAUGAUCUUGAAUCAUUUGGAGUCACUAGUGCUUUCUCUUGCAUGUAGCUCAAAUGAGCAAUGCAUUCUCUGUGGAUGGAAUCUGCAGUCUCCAGCUCCUUAAUCCACUGCAGUCUGGAGCCUGCCCUGUCCCUGCAGGAUGGAGCAGCUGUGGCAAGAGAUGGAUUCCUUCUUCCAGCAUUACCUGUGCCAGGGGCACAGGGUGGGCCUCAGGCUCUGUCUCUCCCCAUGCCCAGUUUGAUUUAAAUAUUGCAAUUAGAUAYAUUUUAGAAGGUAAUAGCUGUGGCAGUUGUACUGGAGCGCAGUGUCUGCCUUUUCCAGAGUUAAUGAAUGUUAUCACCAGCACUGGAAUAACGCUGCUGUUUGUUAAGGAUGUGUGUGUUAUCUUCUGCCAUAAAUAAAGAACCRUUAAUUUAUGUUCUAGGAGGUAGCAGUAUUUUGUAUUUAUUUGAAGGAAACCCAUAGAUCCAGUUCCCAACUUAAAACCUUGAACAGUAUUUUAUAUUUCCAUAUGCACAGUGGAUUUGGAUUGCAGUCAGUGAAUUAGCUGAAUGGGACACUGUGUCACUUUUAAAACUCCUUUUACCAUUUUUAUGAGUUUGGCAGAAUAUUGCCAGAUUAGAAAAGGAGAAAAAGCUGUUUUCAAUUUCUUAGGGAACCUAAACCAGCCCAGCUUCUGCCUUUGUUUUGCUUUGUGGUCUGUUGGCAUCAUCAUGGUCACCAGUUCAGUCGUGUGUAUGCACUUCUUAGGGCCUGGUGACCUGUCCUCCAGCUGUUUUUUGUUGGUUUUAUAUUUUUUUUUUUGGUAGCUAAACUAAAGCUGCAAGAUCACAUGAGAGAAAAGCUAUUGUCUAGUGAUUUAAUCUUCAAGUCAAUAUUUUGGUUAUUUUUAAUGUAUGUUUUAGGAACUGUAUUAGAAUAUGCAGUUUGUAAGCUCAGGAACAUUUUCUUUUCAUAUUGUGUCAUCUCUAGUAUUGCUA